CCUGUUUCUCUGAGGGCAUAUAAACUCCUGCAGUGAACACCUCAGUCAGCACAACCUCUCUGACUCCACCUGUGGACUAGCAAGACAAAUAACUCUGAGAGAAAACAUGGUGUCAGUCAAAGCUGCGGUGAUGGUGAUCACACUCCUCACGUUUUGCCUGCUGGCAACAGAGACAUCUGCAGCGAAUUACGAAUGCUGUCGAGGAUACAUGAAAUUCAGACUUCCAUUUCAUGCAAUCCGAGGAUACUCUGUCCAGACUCGUAAAGAGAUGUGUCCCAUCAAUGCCAUCAUUUUCCACACAAAAAGGGGUCAAGCGUGCACCGAUCCUACUUUGAGCUGGGUGAUGGACUAUAUCAACCGUAUAAGGACCAAAGCAGAAAUGGUUCACAACAAGAACCAAAAAGUGUAGAAACAGACCUUGAAGAUAAACAGUCUGCUCAUCGAGGGGAGACGGUGCCAACGCGGCUAAACCAGUGGACCAUCUCAGCUCGGCCUGGUAUCCAGAAAUCAAUGAUGUUUCAUCAACAACUCCUAUUUAACUAAACUGCUCAUAAUAUAAAGGAUUGUCAUGCAAAGCAGGCAUCAGCUCAAUUGUAAGCAUUGUAUAUAUGUAUAUAGAUAUUUAUAUAUGUGAAAGUUUGUAUUUAUAUAUAUAUUUGUAACAGACAAGUAUUAAAGUUUUAUGGAAAAAAAAGAA